AUGGUUGCUUUCACUGUUGACCAAAUCCGUGAGCUGAUGGACAAGGUUACGAAUGUUCGUAACAUGUCCGUCAUUGCUCACGUCGAUCACGGUAAAUCCACUUUGACCGACUCUUUGGUCCAAAGAGCCGGUAUCAUCUCGGCUGCUAAGGCUGGUGAAGCCCGUUUCACCGACACCAGAAAGGACGAGCAAGAGAGAGGUAUCACUAUCAAGUCUACUGCCAUUUCUCUUUUCGCCGAAAUGACAGAAGAUGACGUCAAGGACAUCAAGCAAAAAUCCGUGGGUAACUCUUUCUUGAUCAACUUGAUCGACUCUCCAGGUCACGUUGACUUCUCUUCUGAGGUUACCGCCGCUUUGCGUGUCACUGACGGUGCUUUGGUCGUGGUCGACACCGUUGAAGGUGUGUGUGUCCAGACCGAGACUGUGUUGAGACAAGCUUUGGGUGAAAGAAUCAAGCCCGUUGUCGUCAUCAACAAGGUCGACAGAGCUUUGUUGGAAUUGCAAGUCUCCAAGGAGGACCUUUACCAAUCUUUUGCCAGAACCGUUGAGUCUGUUAAUGUCAUUAUCUCUACUUACGCCGACGAGGUUUUGGGUGAUGUUCAAGUCUUCCCAUCUCAAGGUACCGUUGCUUUCGGUUCCGGUUUGCACGGUUGGGCUUUCACCGUCCGUCAAUUCGCUAACAGAUACUCCAAGAAGUUUGGUGUCGACAGACAAAAGAUGAUGGACAGAUUGUGGGGUGACUCUUACUUCAACCCAAAGACCAAGAAGUGGACUAACAAGGAGACCGACAGUGACGGUAAACCUUUGGAAAGAGCGUUUAACAUGUUCGUCUUGGACCCUAUUUUCAGACUUUUCGCUGCCAUCAUGAACUUCAAGAAGGACGAGAUCCCAACCCUUUUGGAGAAGUUGGAAAUCAACUUGAAGGGUGACGAGAAGGACUUGGAAGGUAAGGCUCUAUUGAAGGUUGUUAUGAGAAAGUUCUUGCCAGCUGCUGAUGCUUUGUUGGAAAUGAUUGUCAUGCACUUGCCUUCUCCAGUCACUGCCCAAUUCUACAGAGCUGAACAACUUUACGAAGGUCCAUCUGACGAUCCAGCUUGUGUUGCUAUCAAGCACUGUGACCCUAAAUCCGACUUGAUGUUGUACAUCUCUAAGAUGGUUCCAACCUCUGACAAGGGUAGAUUCUACGCUUUCGGUAGAGUUUUCGCUGGUACUGUUAAGUCCGGUCAAAAGAUCAGAAUCCAAGGUCCAAACUACAUUCCAGGUAAGAAGGACGAUCUUUUCAUCAAGGCUGUUCAAAGAAUCGUUUUGAUGAUGGGUAGAUUCGUCGAAGCCAUUGACGACUGUCCUGCCGGUAACAUUGUCGGUUUGGUCGGUAUUGACCAGUUCUUGUUGAAGACUGGUACCCUAACCACUUUUGAAGGCGCUCACAACAUGAAGGUCAUGAAGUUCUCUGUCUCUCCUGUCGUGCAAGUUGCGGUUGAGGUUAAGAACGCUAACGACCUACCAAAAUUGGUUGAAGGUUUGAAGAGAUUGUCUAAGUCUGACCCAUGUGUCUUGACUUACAUGUCUGAAUCUGGUGAACACAUUGUCGCUGGUACCGGUGAGUUGCACUUGGAAAUUUGUUUGCAAGAUUUGGAGAACGACCAUGCCGGUAUUCCUCUGAAGAUCUCUCCACCUGUUGUUGCUUACAGAGAAACCGUCGAGGCCGAAUCUUCUCAAGUUGCUCUAUCCAAGUCUCCUAACAAGCAUAACAGAAUCUACUUGAAGGCCGAGCCUAUCGAUGAAGAAGUUUCUUUGGCUAUCGAAGGUGGUAAGGUGAACCCAAGAGACGAUUUCAAGGCUCGUGCUAGAAUCUUGGCUGACGAAUUCGGCUGGGACGUCACUGACGCCAGAAAGAUUUGGUGUUUCGGUCCAGACGGUAACGGUCCUAACCUAGUUGUCGACCAAACCAAGGCUGUUCAAUACUUGAACGAAAUUAAGGACUCCGUCGUUGCUGCCUUCCAGUGGGCUUCUAAGGAAGGUCCAAUCUUCGGUGAGCAAAUGCGUUCCGUCAGAGUAAACAUCUUGGAUGUCACUCUGCACGCCGAUGCUAUCCACAGAGGUGGUGGUCAAAUUAUCCCAACCAUGAGAAGAGCUACUUACGCCGGUUUCUUGUUGGCUGAACCUAAGAUCCAAGAACCUGUUUUCUUGGUUGAAAUUCAAUGCCCAGAGCAAGCCGUUGGUGGUAUCUACUCUGUCUUGAACAAGAAGAGAGGUCAAGUCGUCUCCGAAGAGCAAAGACCUGGUACUCCACUUUUCACUGUCAAGGCUUACUUGCCUGUUAACGAAUCUUUCGGUUUCACCGGUGAAUUGAGACAGGCUACUGGUGGUCAAGCUUUCCCACAAAUGGUGUUCGACCACUGGGCUACUCUAGGAUCUGACCCAUUGGACCCAAGCUCCAAGGCUGGUGAAAUUGUCGCUGCCGCUCGUAAGAGACACGGUAUGAAGGAAGAAGUCCCAGGAUGGCAAGAGUACUACGACAAGUUGUAA